AUGUUUAAAUUUGGAAGGCUUAAGUUUUUAAAGAGCCUUGAAAUUCUUUAAGACGAAAAUCCAAUAUUGAAGAAACAUUAUCCAGUUAUGCAUAGAGAAAUUUUAGAAAGAGUUAAACAAUUUAAAAAAAAGACUAAUAAAGAUAAUAUUGAUAUGGUAGAUUGCACAGUUGGAACUGGUGCUCAUAGUUAAAUAUUAUUAGAACAUGUUAAAAAUAUUAAAAUGUAAACUAAAAAUAUAAUUUAGAUUAGGAUUGGAUAUUGAUGAAAGAAUGAUCAAAAUUUUACCACAAAAUAUCAUUGCAAAAUAGGAUAACUUUAUUAACUUUUAUAAACAUAAACCAUUAAGUGAUUCUAGAUAUUUUGAUAUUAUUUUCGCUGAUCUUGGUUACAAUAUGUAAGACUCUUGAAUUAAUAUGUCAGAAAUUAAGUUUAUGAUGAAUCCUAUGGUCUAAGUUAUAAGAAGAAUUCAAUACUUGAUAUGAGAUAUUCUCAAUCAAUGUAAUAUACAGCUGCUGAUCUACUAAAUAAUAGAACAUAAUAAGAAUUAAGAGAAAUCUUUCAUAUUUAUGGUAAUAUUUACAAGGCAAACUAAUUAGCAAAGAAUAUUGUAGAUAAUAGAUAAGUAAAAUUUAAAAAUAAAAAAGAAAUAAAAAUUUGAGAGAGCUAAUUAAAUUAUUGAAAUUUUAAAUUAAUUGUCUAUGAGUGAUUAAAUUAUGAAGACAUUUCAAGCUUUGAGAAUAGCAGUUAAUUAAGAAAUUCUUAAUCUUAAUUUAUUUUUAGAAAAAGUAUAAAAUUAGCAAAUAAUUGAUAAUUAAUUAGUUUUAAUAAUUACUUUCCAUUCAUUAGAAGCUGAAGCUGUCUAAAAAUUCAUUAUGAAAUAUAAAAAGUAAUUUACUAUGAAAAUAAUUAAACCUGCAGAUGAUGAAAUAGAAGAGAAUCCUCGUUCAAGAUCAGCUUUGCUUUUUGAAAUAAUUAACAAAAGUGUUUGA